UAAUAAUAAGCCGAAUUUUAUAUGAAAGAAGUUUCAUUUAAAAAUAUGCGACUGGUACCACAGAUAAGCACAAUAAUACGGUCAGUAUAUAUCUGUUAUUAUUUAAUCAAUCUGAUUGGUUAGAUAUUACAUUCAAUUCACUUUAAAUUCGUGUACAAUUCAAUCGUCACAUAUCAAACAUAGACUCAACAUCAAAGUCACACCACCGUAUUCAAACACAAUGAAAGAGACAGUCGGUUCACGGAGAAAAUUAUGUAUCAUCAACAAACGAUUGGAUGGGGAAAUGGCAAUCGUGACAGGAUGUAACACUGGAAUCGGUCUUUAUACAGCCAGUGAAUUAGCUCAUCGUGGUGCGACAGUCAUUAUGGCAUGUAGAAAUAUUGAACGAGCCAACAAAGCUAAAACACGUCUAUUGGAAAUGUGUGGUAAGAAUAAUGAGAAAAGUGGCGAAACAGAUACUGCAUGUAGUCAAAUGAAGCCAUAUUUAAAGCCCAUCGAGUCGGAUCAGUUGAUCAUUGAACAACUUGAUCUGGCUUCGUUAACAUCAAUCAGAGAAUUUGUUGACAGAAUCAAAAGUAAAUACAAUAAAAUAGAUUUUCUCAUCAACAAUGCUGGACUCAUACUACAGAACUAUACAACAACUGAAGAUGGUUUUGAAAUGACAAUGGGAGUGAAUUAUUUUGGACCAUUUCUAUUGACAGAAUUGUUGUUACCAUUGUUGAGGAAUGCUGCACCAUCACGAAUAAUAAAUGUGUCAUCUGCACUGCAUAAAGAUGGAUGCAUUCUAAAGCCUGAUUUGCAGUACAGUAAGGAAAAUUAUAAUGCAAUGAAGGCAUAUAGUGUAUCGAAAUUGGCAAAUGUGAUACAUACUAUUGAAUUGAAUGAACGUUUGAAAGAUAGUGGUGUGGUGGCUGUCUGUUUACAUCCUGGAGCUGUCAAAACUGAAUUGAUGAGAGAUCUGACAAAUUUUCCUAUGAAUAUUAUACUGCCAUUCGUCCGCAAAUUACUUAAUACACCGAGGGAUGGCGCACAAACCACUCUAUAUACUGUAUUAACAGAUAAUUUGGCUCCUGGAGGUUAUUAUUCAAAUUGCACAUUGAAAAAACCUUCAAAAUCUGUUCAAAAUGGGGAAGACAGAAAAUGGUUUUGGAAUAAAACAUGUGAACUAUUAAACAUACAAUGUAAUAACUCGGUGUGAAUGACUAAUCAAGUGAACUGUGUAGACAGAAUUCGGUGUUCAUUUUGAUGAUCGUAUUGAGACAAAUUCACCAAUAAAUCAGUUAAUAGAAUGUGAUGAUUUUCAAUUUGGUGUUAUUUACAAUAUGAUUUCCCUUUGUACACACUGAUUUGAGUGAAUGAAAGCGUUGCUCUUUUCAAAGAGUUA